GGGAUGGUGGCGUGCGAUGGCAGUUCCAUCGUUUCCAAGUCGUUUCACCGCCCAUGGCGCAUCUCUUCCCCCGAAUGAAGCUAACAACGGUGCUGUGGAAGGGUAUGUCCAAGGAUAAUCUCAAGCAGCACAGAUACUCGAGCUCUGCGGCGGCGAUUUGGAAAUCCGCCCAAGCAGUGUGCUUUGACGUGGACAGCACCGUGUGCAGCGAGGAGGGGAUCGAUGUCCUGGCAGCGCAUUGCGGUCAAGGGCAACGCGUCGCAGCUUGGACGACAAAGGCCAUGAACGGAGGCGUGAAGUUCGAAGAUGCUCUUGCGGCGCGUCUAGACAUCAUUAAACCGUCAAGAAAGGACAUUGCCGAUUGCCUGCGCGUCCAUCCACCGCAGCUCACGCCUGGCAUUGAAAGUUUGAUCAGUGGACUUCAUGCGCGCAACAUCCACGUUUACUUUGUCUCGGGUGGCUUUCGCCUCAUGAUCGCCCCGAUUGCCGACCGACUGCACGUCCCAUCCACCAACGUCUUUGCGAAUACGAUCCACUUCGACGCGAACGGAUACUACGCCGGUUUUGAUGACACCGAGAUGACAUCUCGAGACGGCGGGAAGCCGCGCGUGUUGGAAAUGUUGAAGAAGGCGCAUGGGUACAAGACUGUCGUCAUGGUGGGCGACGGAGUCACCGACAUGCAAGCCAAGCCACCCGCGGAUCUCUUCGUUGGAUUCGGCGGGGUCGUGGAGCGCGAUGUUGUGAAGAAAAACGCAGACUGGUUCGUCAAGGACUUUGCCGAGCUGACCCAAGCUCUCCCUUGAGUCAUCCUGCACCGUGAAUUUGUCAUAAUCCACGACAAUUUUGACAGUUUCAAAA